AGCACAGGGCGACUCGUGCACUGCCUGAAAGUAAACAAUUAUGGCCGCCUAGCAUCAGCUGUUAAACUGGUCAAAAAAAAUUCGAACCCCGACGCGUCGGUUGGAGCGCGGCUGUGCAAAGUCAAAAGAACCGAAAAAAAAGUAAACAAUAGUGAUAAAUAAACAAUUUCGGCAAAUAAUUGAAUUUUACGGCAUACGUUUUUUUUGCCGCUAUUUUUCACCUUUCGUUUCGUAUUUUUGUUGUUUUUGCGACGCGACGCUCGACAUCUCUUCAACGAGUGUGUGUGUGUGUGUGUGCAAGUGUGUGUGACGUUAAUAAAUGUAUGUGAAUUGGCUUGAAAAUUAAUAAAUUAAUAGCGAUUGCCAGCUAAAUUUUCACAUAAUAUACACAUAUGUAUCUCAACAAGUCAAUUAGGCCGCCGAAACAAAAGUGAAAAGUGAAAACGCUUGAAAAAGUGACAAAAGCAGAGGAAAGUGUUAAGAAAAAAGAAGGAAAACCCACGCACAGAGGCGUGCUAACCACCAAUUAGCCACCAGAACCACCAGAACCACCACCAAGAACCACCAGGAGUCGCGUGACAAUGAGGGAGUGAGUGGCAGACAGAGUGACAGUACCAUGUCGCUGCGGAGCAACAAGUUGCAGAGCCAACAAUCCACGGCCAGCAACAACAGCAACAGUAGCAGCAACAGCAGCAGCAACACAACAGUGCAACAUCCGCCAAUGGCUUACCAACAACAGCAACAACAAUUGUUGCAACAGUUGCAACAACAACACAAAUUCCAGGCCCAAGCACAGCUAACUCGGGGCAACACUAGCCGCAACAAUUUGGCCACUUUGGUGGCAGCCAUCAAUGGCCAUGAGAAUCAGAGUGGCGGCGCCUCAGUGGUCUCGGCCAGUGGCUACCAAUUGUCACCGGCUGCCGCAUCGCGGGUGGCCCAUGCCCCGCCCCAUUCACCCCUGGGACCGCCCUCCUAUUCCGCUGCCACCGCCCAGUCGGCAUUUUCGUAUUACGGCCAGCAGCAGCAUCAGUUGCAACUGAAUCAUCAGUACCAGCAACAGCAACAGCAGCAACAGCAGCAGCAGCAACAGUUGCAACAGCAACUUCCACCGCCUGAUCUCACCGAUGGCAUCGAUCAUCCCUCUGCCCAAUCGGCCACGCCCCCAGACUCCCCUAAUCCCGGCCAGACGUCAGGACAAUCGGAUUUGGAGCAACAACUGUGCGUUGUGGCCAAAAUGCAAAAGUCGGUGACCAUUACAGUCACCCCGCAACGCAGCAAUUCCAUGGACUUUUUGAAUUUUGAGGAGAAACGGCAGCUGAUCGCCUCCUCGUUGUCCUUGUCGGAUAUCCUGCAGAGCAGCAACCAGCAGCAGCAGCAGCAGCAGGCAAACAAGGAGGCUCAGGUUUUCAAUGGAGGGCAGUGCGCUAAGAAACAGAAUGGAGCUGCCAUACGCACAAAUAGCUUGGGCUCGGGCACCCGAACUCCGCCCCUGGAGCGAAAAAGCAAACUGAGCGCCCUGGGAAGGUUCUUCAAGCCCUGGAAGUGGCGGCGGAAAAAGAAGAGUGAGAAGUUCGAAGCGGCCUCCAAGUCUUUGGAGCGUAAAAUUUCUGUGCGUGCCAAUCGAGAUGAGUUAGUUCAAAAGGGAAUUCUACUGCCAGAAAGCCCCUUAGGCAAUAUUCCAGAACCAGGCGAGGAGUCGUAUUACAACAGCAGCAAUAGUGGUGCCACCGCCAAUGGCUCCAUUCUAAGCUCAGCCGUCCACAAUAAUUCCAUUAGCCAAGCCAAUAAUUCCAUAAAUGCCACCACCUACGGCACAGCCGGCAAUCCUCUAAUAUCCGCCAAUUCUGGCCAAAAUCAGGGCCAACAACAGCAGCAGCAACAGGGACUGCCCAACUCGAUCUCCGUGCAGCAGUUCAACGGACAGAACCAACAGAAUUCCAUGGCCAAUGGCCAGUGCCUGGUGGCCGGUGGCAUGGUGACAGGCGGCGGUGGUGGUGGUGGUGGUGAUGGGUCCUCGGACACGUCCUCGCUGAGCGGUGGUGUGCCCCAUUCGCAGUCGGCGCCACAGCAGUUGGGGGUGGGGCAGCCGCCGCCGCUCACACCGCUGGCCCAGCACCAUCAGGCUUUGGCCCAACAGCUGCAGCAGCGAUUCGCCAUCAGCAAUAAUAACGGUGAGUUUUCCCAAGAAAAUCGUAACCAAUCUCUAGUGUGUGGUAAGUUAGAACUAAGUUUUUUAAAGUUUCAACUGAGAUUUAAGAAAGUAAGUCCUGUGUGUCUUAACAGAAAAUGUUAAGAAACUGUAAAGUGAUUCUCAGAAAGCUUAAAAAAGCUUCCGAAAAGUGCAAAAAUCAGCUAGAAUAUAUUCUAUAUUUUCGGUAUCAAGAAAGCUUCCAAAAGCUUUCCAUCAAAAGGCUUAAAUGGCAAUAAAUAAUGUAUUAUUUUUAUGGUUUCUUCUCUUAACACAAAUCAUUUUCAAUCAAUUGAAAUUCAGGAUAAAUAUUAUUUUUAAAUGCUUGAAAAAAAAAAAAAGAAAACUCUUAUCUUAUCGGUUGGAAACUGCAAUCUAAGCUAGAGAGAAAAAUCGGAGCUCUAAUAGCCUCCCAGGGCCACGCCCAGGCGCAAGGCGAACGUCUCCAUUAAUUUUAAAACCGCCAACUUAUCAGGCAGCGUCAUGGUCCUAAGUGAUUUUCCCCGGUUCCCUUGAUUUACCGCCCCAGCCGAGGCAAAAAGGAUAUCUGGGCGUAUAUUACACACAUAGAGCAGCGCUGAACUGAACCGAACUGAAGGCAAGGACAUGCGAUACUAUGCGUCCUUCACCUUCCUUCCCAACCGCCCCAAAAAGCCCAAAAAAAAAAAAAAGGAAGCUGGCUGGGAAAAAAAAAUUUAUACAUAAAUAUCUUUGAGCCAGGACCUUCGGCAUUCCUUUUAAAGUAUUCUGUGUGCGGCGGCUGCUUGACAUUAUUAUUUUUUAUUUCUUUUUUUUUUUUUAUAUAUAAAUUUAUACUUUUUUGUGUGUGUUUUGAGGCUGAUGAGUGGCCGCUGAUCAAAGGGAUUCCUGGCCUGGCAACAGUUUCCGGGGAUAAUUCAAUUGGCUUUCUAAUAUGUGACAUUAAAGUUCGAUUUUAAAGGACACUAAUGUUCACAUUUAAUUGCAAGAGUGGGGAUAGAUUAAGUCUAAGUUCUUCUAGCUUCAAUUUCAGUUUAAGGCUGAGAAAUCUGAACACUUACUCUUUCAGCCUAUUUUAAGAAAGAAUUUUCAUUUAAAAGUCUACGCCUUUUGCGAGAAAACUUUUGUUUGAAAACUUGAAAUUAGAUUUCUUUAAAUUAAACAUUUUGUAGAGCUUUUUAAACUUCUGUGUCUCAAAUUGUCCCUAUUGUGCUGGCUGAAACUCCGAUCGGAUGCUGGCCUGGGCCCCCAAGGACAUAAGGCAUACCUUUGCCUGGCCUCGUCCUGCCGCUUCCUUCCAGCCAGUGCCCCUGCAUCGAUGUCGGUUGUCUCAUUUGCAUAAUUCUAAUAUGGAACAUUUUUGGCCAAUUCCACAACUUGUCCACCUACACACACACUCCCAUGCACGUCCUGGGCCGGGCUAAAGGGGAUUUGCAUAAAUAAAACUGUAGUUGUAUCCUGUAGUAUCCUGCCACUGUCCUUGUCCAUUGCCUGUCAACGUAAAUUACGGCCAUUUGAUUUCGGCAAUUACAACGCAUUUUUGUGCAACAAUUUUUCGUCCUGGGGCUGGCCUCCUGCUCCUCUUGAUUUAUAGGUCCUUUUUGUCGAAUGUCCUUUUAGUGUCCCGACUUUGUUUGCAGGGGCAAUUUCAAUUUAAGCUUCUCAUUCAGCUUCGACAUGUCGUUGAGCAAGUUAAUUAUGAGCUUAUCCUUGGACUUGUCUGCAGUUGACUAUUUAUUGUCGCUGUCCUGUCUGCAGGACUUCCUCUCAUCUGAGUUUUCUUUUGUCCGCUGGCAUUGUUCUCGACAUACAUAUUUUGUUGUGAGUGCGCUCGCUAUUUGGCUGCCGUCCCAAAAAAAAAAAAAAGAAAACCUGUAGACAACCUUGGCCAUGGAAAGGACCUUCUAUUUAUCUAGCUUUGUGUGUUUUCUUUGUCCCGUGACUCGAGAGUUGUUCUAGCUUGUACUUGGAGAGUAUCUCUAGCUUGUACUAUUUUGCAUUUUGCGGGCGGAAAAAUGAAAAUGAAAAUGAUUAUCAUUUGUUUUCGUUAAGUUUGGCCAAAAAUCCAAACUGUCCCGAGCCAACAAGUUGUGGCAGCUCAUAAAAAUGAAUUACGUGCCACGUUCGGUCCCCAGGACUUAGUAGUUUAUCUCUCUUUCGUCCUAGAGUCCUCCUGGAGGGAUAAGGAAGUGGAUUUUUUUGAUAUACCUUGAUGUGGGAUAACCUUCCUUUGUGGCUUAGAGUAAAAGGAUGGAACGCAAAUUAAAUUGGGGUUGAGUGAAAUUUAUGCAUUGAACGUUUUUCGGGAAAAUAUGUAAAGGAUUGUGGAGUAAACAGCAGAGUCCUUUGGCUUUUCUUCAAUAUAUUUAUGGUAAUUUUUGUUCUUUAAUGUCCUACUCCUAGGAGUCUCUGAUACGUCCUCCAUUUAAAUUCCUUUUCCCGGAAUAAACUUCAAAAUAAGUAUUUCUUUCAAUUACAAAAAAUAAUUCAAUAUAAUUUGGAUUGAUUUUUUGUAAAGAGGCUCUUGCUCCUUGCUCCUCCUUUUGGCCAGGAUUUUGUUUAUUUUUUUUUCCUCUGACCAUUGUGUAAGUCCUUCGAGUCAGAGUCUUAUGCAAAUGUUCUCAGGGACCCUCAAUCGAACAAAUCCAGGCCUGGCUGUCCUCUCUCUCCUGUCCCGUCCUGUCCUGUCCGUUCAAUCAAAGUUGACAUUGCCUGGCGGGAACAGGACGAUCCGGAUUCCGCAUAUCCCACAUCCGCAUCAUCGCUGUCAUUGUCAUUUGUUGUGUGUACGUGUGUGGGUGGGAUUGUUGCUUUAAAGAGAUUUUAUUUAUGCAACGGCAUGUGCUCAGUGGAGCUCACUGAGCCUCGCCUGGGCUCUCUGCUUAACCGAAUUUGGCAUGCAAAUUUGCACGUGCCAUUGGUCUUAGGCCCAGACUCGCUACGUUGCUUGCAUUUAAUUAUUAAAAUUUAAUUUGGCCAAUUCGCCGGGCUUCCUUCGCAGACUCUUUUUUUCUUGCCAUGCAGAACAAGUAUACGCCCCGUUGAACGCCCCAAGAACCAGAACAAGCAUACGACCCGUUGGCCCGGUCGAGAAACUACUCUAAAAUUGAGGACACAAGCUUGUGCUGAUUCAGAUCCUUUGUCUUGCGAGCAAACAACCUGUUUGCAUACCAAAGAAGAAAAAAAAAAGUUUAAAAAAAAAAGGAGGAAAAAGAAAAGCCAUCAGAGUUAUGACCCAAAAUAGUUUCUCUUUUGUUUUGAUUUUACUUUUUUUUUUUUUUUAUGGGAAGGAAGGAGGACAAUUUUUAUUCCUGUUGCUCGCGAGGCGGCGCUCUGAUAAAUUUUUGAUAACUUGCGUCACUGCCACUUCUGAUGCACGAAAGGGAAAGUGUGACCGAAAGAGAGUGGCUGGCUGGGCGAAUGUUAAGAGAGCAUAAGAGAGAGAAAGCUCUCUUGCAAGCACGUGCCGUUAGUCGGCAAAAGCGAAUUCAAGUUCAAGUCGCACAACAUUGAAAGCCAAGUUCAGGCUCCAAGGCUCCCCAUCUCACUCGGUCCUACUCUAUCCGACUGUUACCUACUCACUCGCACCCUUGCACGUGUUACUCUCUCUCCCUCUCUCUGUCAGAGGACUUUGUAUUUUUGUGAUUAUGUAAGCAGUUUCUGUGUUGCCACGACUGUUGUUUGCUAUUUAUCCUUCUGCUAUUUUGAAUUUAUUUUUUGUAUCCUUUUCUCUUAAUUUUUGUUUGUGGCCACAAAUUUUCAAUUGCCUUUUUUUUCGUCCUUGUUUUCUUGUUGGUAUUUAUUUUUCAUUUGCUUUGGAAUUCCCAAUGACAGGAGGCAUCCUUUUUGUAGUUCUUCUCUGUCCCUUUCUUGUUGUUUCCCCUCCCCCAAAGGACAUCCUUCCCCAUUCUUUAUUUUGGCAUUCAUUGCGUGGCUGUCUCGCAUAUCUUAGCCAUCCAUGGCAUCCAUAAACUUGUGUUUCCUCCACUCUCAGUGGCAUCAGAUCCUGGCCUGGCAUGUCCUGGCCUUGCCUCGCCUCCCAUUUGUUGCGCAUCCCAGAUGAACUCAGUGCCUCUGGGGACUACCAAGUAUUCCUGGCCUUGAUUAGCUUUCGGUUUGUCCUUAAAUGCUUUCUCUAGAGACUGCGGUUAUUUCAAUUCAAAUCACUGUCCCUUUGGUUUAUAUUUAGGAUGGUGUUUAACCUUGUGGUGGCUGACAAUGAUUGAGCCUGGCAUUGAUGGUGGAAAAUGGAGAAGGAAAAGGAAAAGGAAGUGCCACAAGGACAGGGCCAGGACAGGAGGAAGGACACGUCCAAGGGCGCGUCCAGGAAAUGAAAGGCGACAGUCGAGUUAUGACUAAGAAGUGUUUGCUCGUCAACCUGCUCAAGUUAAGUGAGAAUUUUGGGCUCUCCUCAAGGAAGGUCCUGUGCAAAAGUCCUUGAAGAAUUUAAUAUUCUGUACUGCUAUAAUAGAUCCCACCGUUUAUCCUUCAAUAGCCCCUACCUACAUCCCUAAUGACCUGUACACUAGGCUCUUUUAAUUUGCUUCUUGUCUGCCACUUGCCGCUUGCCGCUUGGCAUUAAUAUCCUAGAGGCAGGACCCACCACCCACCCCCCGCUCUUUGCCAGCCUCAUUUGUGAGCCUUUGUUUCUGGCCCCCACUUAAUUACAAUAAUUCAUCAACUUGUUUUCGUUUCCACGGUCGUCCACUUUGAUUAAGUUUCUGUUUCAGUUUCGCUCUUGUUUGGCUCUUUUGUUUGAAUUUAAUAUCGAGAAAAUGAUAUUAUUAUUUAUUAUUUGGUUUUCCGCUCUUCAGAGCAUCGGGUUGCAAGCUGCAGUUGCAAGUUGCACAGUCAUGUGCAACAGGCAAACACGAGCCAUGGCCCUGACCAUGGCAAUUGCAAUUUCAGUGGCAAUGCCAUCGUCAUCCGGACUCCGUACUGCAUUGACGCACACAACAACCGUCCUCGGGUGUCCUUUUGAUUUUCCUGCAUUUUCCACACCACAUCCCCCCCCUCGCAGGACUCGGGACUCCUACUGCCCAAUGAUUUCAAUCAGACUGUGGGCGUGCAUUAAUGUGGCAAGGAGGGAAUGUGGCAGUGGACGGGAUAGGACGGUGGACGGGACAGGACAACAGGCUCUUGAGCCGGGCCAACAAGCAGGCAUAAACAAAACACACACACACUACCACAUUAAAUAGCGGCCAAUGAGAGGGAGAAAGGGGAUUUCUCUUCGAGAGAGCUUUUUGCUUUCAAAAAGAAAACUAAGAGAGAGCUUUAUUUCUCUUGAAUUAGAAGGACUCAGUGAUGCUAAAAUGGGUUUAAAUUUAUUUAAAAAAUAUAUGUUUUAAUAUUAGAAAUUUAAAAUUAACAAGAAGCAACUUAAAUACAUAAUUUAUUAGAUAUUAUUAUUAAUUAAUAGUUUUCAAAAGUUAGGAGUAUCUUUAAAAAGUAUCUUCAAAAGAUACCACCAUAAGUGGCCUAGAAGUUAGGAUCUUAAUCUUAUAUCUCCCUAAAACCUAUCUUAUUAUCACAUAUUUUAUUUGUGACUAUUUUAAAACUUAAUCUAUUACCUUUUAUAAAAUUUCCCAUAACUGUCAAAAUCAUUUCCCAAAGUUUCUAAUUAAAAUUUCAAGCUUCAAGGCUUCUAUCCCAUUAUGCAAGAAGUUAGCAGGCUAAGCAGCAGAAUUCAUGACAAAAGUUUUGCCGCAAAGUCUGAAUAAUGUAGUGCGAAAAAGGAUUGCAAGGUGGCAUUAAUAAUUGCUUUAUGGCGCCGUUGUCCUGCACGAUAAUGCGGCUAAUUGACAGUGGGACCUGAGCACUGUUUUUGGCCAAGAGAGGCAAAGAGAGGAGAAAGCUCUCUCUCUCUCUCUCUCUCUCUCUUAGCUUGCUUAUCAGUGGGUGAUGCUGGUGGUGCGAAACAUUCUUGGGUGGUUUCGGCGCUGCUGCUCUUCUGGCUCCAUCGCCUUGUGUGGUUUUGGCCGCGCUGCUCGUCCGUCGCUCGGCACUGUCGCUUUCUGGCUUUCUUUCCCGCGAUGCCAUGAAAAACAUUUGGACGGCUUCCGUUUGGCAUCAGUUUGUUGGCAAUUCUCGAGCCCAUCGGCCGCACCGACCAGACACCCCUCGAAACAAUACAACAAAUAAUUCUAAACAAUAUAUAUUUCUAAAUAAAAUAAUUAAAUAAGAAAAUCAAUUAAAAGAAUCUCAGAGAACUUGAAACAUUCGAAAAAAAAGACACCAGAUAUAAGUGAAAUCGAGAAAUGUUUAUGAAAUAAAUCGGGAAAUCAACUUGUGAUGUGAUACGACGC